AUGGAUAAUGCACAAAAGACACAGUUAGAUGCGAAAUCUUUUGAUCAAAUUUGGUCAUCAUCUGACUUAAAUCCAGAUGUUAUUCGUAACGAUCUGAACAAGAUCUUCACAUAUAAUAAAACGGCUACUGACUAUGCAAACUCGUCAGAUCUCUUCUUCAAUUAUGACCAGAAAGAAGCUCAAGCAUCUGAUUCACGAGGAAAAAUGCAAAUAGGAUGGAAAGGUUUUGGUGGAAGUGCUGAAGCAGCACAUUCACAAUCGUCGUCUAGUGAAAACUCACAAACCACUCAUGAUAUUGUUUCGCAGAAGGAUAUCAGAGACUUUUUAGCUCAACAAAACAUUGAAACCCAGUGGUCUGGAGAGAAAUGGGAACCAAAAUCGUUUAGUGUCUAUAAACUUACUGAUAUCACAGAUCAACUGCAAGUAGCAUUGGUAGCUAAACAGUUAAUUGCUGAAAAAUCAAAUGGUGCUGAAAUCAAGAUUGUGAACUUGAUGAGUGUACCGACGCUGGAUAAAAUAGAAGUGGAUACGACGACCACCUCUACCACUACAUCAACAAUGUCUCCGACGACAACUACUAGUGCAACACCAGCACCCACUACCAUGACAACCACACUGCAUCCUGUCUGGCCAGGAUUAGUUGAUGGUGUGUACAAAAGAUUUGAAUGGGAUUAUUGUAAAGUACAUCGUGCGAUAGAUAUAAUUCUGUUCGAUAUAACACCAAUGCCUUGGAAUGCUCCGGAUGUUGGUCAUCUCAGAUUCAUCGCUGAUGUCAAACGUCCAUUAGGUAAGUAAGAGGAAGGAGUGGUCUAAAGUCGAAUUGAAUAAGAGUUCGCAGAGGCUUCUUGCGAUACAACUGGUCAGCAGGUUUUUAUACAAAGCACACAAGACUAAGCCAAGGGUUCCCUUAGGAAAUCGAAGUUUUCAAAAAAAUAUCGAAAUUGAGUUUGUAUCAUAGAAAGAUGCAGCAAAGCUUCCUCUUUCAGAAUAUAUAUAGCUUUUUGGAAAAUGACCGUAUUUUCAAAGACUUAUCUGAUGAAACUUUGACCUGAAUACCAUAUUUUCGGAGAACUUUUCGUGGUUUUUAAAGUUUCCUCAGUUUUGAAAAAACUGCGUUGCUAUAUGAAUUAUCAUUGAAUAGAUCAUUUCUAUAUUAACCAGGAUCUCAGAUAGCAUGAGCUACCUUCAUCUAUAAAAUAAUUUAAAACAGUCCAGUGGAAUAAAUCACAAAUAUACAGUUGUAAUAUGAUUUGUUCUAGAUUUCAAUGAAAAAAUCCAUUUCUAAAACCUCUUUGCCGUUCUUCUCAAAACAGUUUCUAGGCAGGAACAUUGAAAUAACUAUCACUCGACUUGGGGCAUGACCGCUGUUGUUUUGUUUCAAAGGUUUUUAUCAGAGCUAACCUUUCAUUCGAUAGCUUUUCGUUACUGAAUUACUGGACUGAGAAAAGUGGGACUUACCGUCGUGAGAUCGCGUUUUUUUUGCUUAUUUUGAACACCAUGUCCAUUAAAAUGCUCAUAAAAAAUAAAUGGAAGAAAAUUUUAAAAUUCCGUCCGAUGAAAAGUUUCGCACAAAGACUAGCUUUAAUUUCAAACCAGCCCAAGCUCUUCAUUCCUUAUAACGACGGAGUUAUUUCGAUUCUCCUGAGAGAUAGGAAAACAAACCGGAAAUUCAGUCUAGUCAGGCAUAUUAGGCUGAAACUUUAAUCACAAGCGCUUCUCACUAGGGCCAAUCGUUCCUAAAAAUUUCGGACCAAACAGCCCGUUCAAAGUUCGAAAUUAAUUCUGAGGGGAGCUUAAAAGAGAGUUUGCGCUGGAUAAAAACUACAACAAAGUAUUUUACUAAGGCCACUUAGAGUCAUUCGGCAAGCCAUAUUUUGUUUUACGUAACGCACUUCCUAGAGAAUUUAACGGCCAACGUCGAAAUUAAUCGUACAAUCAGUUCUAUUAAUCAAUCACUCGGGUGUUACAUUGUAAACGGUAUACAAUUAGGUUCCUGCAAAAACAUGGAUCUGUGUACAGUCUUGAAGUUCAUCUCUUCAAUCUUCCUCAAUCAGAAUUGUCCACCAGAAUUAUUAAAAUUAGGUAUCGAUUGUAAAUGCCCAUUUCAAAUACCUGCUCAGCGCAUUAAUAUUGAUCAAUUACUGUUUUACGAAGCAUCUAAGUAUAACGGGUCUAUUUUUAACCAUCUCCGUUAUAUUUUCCAGGUGGGGUCAUAUCGAAUGAAAAUGGAAAUAUUUGAUGCAAAUGGAUACGUAGUUUGUGUAGAAAUACGUUUCACAGUCUUUCUAGGACCGCCAUCAUCAUAUUCGGGGCUAGAUCCUUUAUUAAAUCAACUAAAGCCUUUAUGGAAUGGGCUAAAGCCUCUAUGGAAUGGCCUAUCAUCUACGUUAGGGCGAAAAUAAAGCUAAGAAGUUAAUAACAUGUUCAUGGUAUUUUUCGAAUAUUUUUAUCCAAAAGUACGUUUUUGAUUCAAGCUGUGUGUUUUGUGUCGUGGUUGAGAAAUAUAUGAUGGUUUAGAACACAGGAAGUUUAUAUGAGUGUGAGUGGGUUGGGGCGUGGGUGGGUGUCUGGGUGCGGGUGUGGAGCGUGAGUGUGAGUGUGAUUAUAGGUGUGGGUGUGAGCGUGGUUGUGGAGGGUGUGGGUGGGUGUGUGGGUGUAGGUGCGUGUGGGUGUGGGUGCGUGUGGGUGUGGGGUGUGGGUGUGUGUGGGUGUGGGUGAGGGUGCGAGUGUGGGUGUGGGUGUGGGUG